AUGCUUGCCACGGGCAACAUCCCAUACACCGAUCUGCAGACGAUAUAUGGGCUGGUGCAGUGCACCGGAGAUAUCAUCCUUGCUGAUUGUAAGCAGUGUUUGGAUACCAUCAGGUCCCAGAUCCCAACGACCUGCGACACUGCACACGGCUGUGAAAUUGCCACGGGAAGUUGUCAGGUGGUCUACGAUACAGAGCUCUUUUACGACACCACAACAGCACCAUGCCUACCUCCUCAAUCCAGCUCACCACCUCCACCAAAUUCAAGCCCUCCAUCAAAUGAUCCAGUUAGAAAAAUGCAUUUGGACUGGCAGAUCCGGAGCAAAAUAAUAUCUGGUGUAGCCAGAGGACUUCUCUAUCUUCAUGAAGAUUCUCAACUUAAAAUCAUCCACAGGGACCUCAAGGCCAGUAACAUACUUCUAGAUCAGAACAUGACCGCUAAGAUCUCAGACUUUGGCAUGGCAAAGCUUGUUGGAGUGGAAGAAACACAAGGCAAGACGAGUAAAGUUGCUGGCACAUAUGGCUACAUGGCACCAGAAUAUGUUAUGCAAGGCCAAUUUUCUGUCAAGUCAGACGUGUUCAGGUUUGGAGUCUUGAUUCUAGGGACUAUUAGUGGACUGAAGAACUCUUCAUUCCCUCGUUCACAAUAUGGUCCAAGCCUGCUUGACUAUGCGUGGAGGCUGUGGAGGGAAAACAGGGCAACUGAACUAUUAGACGAAUCACUCACUCAUUCAAGCGACGGAAGUGAAGUGGCAAGGUGCAUCCAUAUUGGGUUGCUAUGCGUUCUGGAGGAUGCAACACGAAGGCCAACAAUGUCAUCUAUUGUUCUCAUGCUCAAUAGCAGGUGA